AUGGAGCAGGAAGUGGCAAGAGAGGAAGAGGAGAAAAAAGAAGGUUUGAUUGAGUUUUAUGACUCCUUCAAGGAUAUGUUUGAGUUCUUCUGCAAGAACACAACCAUCCACGGCACCAUCCGCCUCGUGUGCUCCGACAGCAACCGCAUGAAAACAGCGUUUUGGACUCUGCUUUUGCUGGCCAGCUUUGGCAUGUUGUACUGGCAGUUUGCACUUAUGUUCAGCCAGUACUGGGCCUACCCUGCUGUCCUGACCAUGUCGAUGCAUUCUGAGCCCAAGAUGUUUCCAGCAAUAACUAUCUGCAAUCUGGACCCAUACAGAUUUGAACUGGUCAGUGACCAUUUGGUUCAACUGGACCAAAUGGCAGAAGAAUCUAUUGCUUUUUUAUACGGCAUCAACACAUCAGCCAGCCUAUUCCAUGUGAACGAGAAGAACAUCCAAGCAAAAGACUUGUCAAGUUCAGGCAAUCUCAGCAGAUCCAGCUUCAAACUGAGCCAGAACUUCUCACUCUUGAGAAUGCCUGACCACAAUAACAGGUCAGGAAAGAAAUAUUCCAAGGUGGGCUUCAAACUGUGCAACGCCACGGGCGGGAAUUGCUUCUACAAGACCUACUCAUCCGGGAUGGACGCGCUUCUGGAAUGGUACAGGUUUCACUACAUGAACAUCAUGUCCCAGCUGCCAGUCGUAAUCAACAUUUCUGACCACGAGGAGCAGAUAGAAGACAUGGUCUAUUCCUGUCAGUAUGACGGGGAGCCCUGCAGGCGCAGUGACUAUGUUCACUUUCACCACCCAGUCUUCGGAAGCUGCUAUACUUUCAACAGCAAGGGGACAGACUCCUUUUGGACAGCAACGAAACCGGGAAUUCCUUACGGACUUUCUCUGAUCCUCAGGGCGGAGCAGAAGGAUCACAUCCCCCUGUUGGCCACGGUGGCGGGGGUGAAAGUGAUGAUCCACAACCACAACCAGACGCCGUUCCUGGAGCACGAGGGCUUUGACGUUCGGCCGGGCAUCGCCACCACAAUUGGCAUCCAGCAGGAUGAGGUGAAUCGCCUGGGUGGCAAUUAUGGGACAUGCACAGCUAAUGGCAAUGAUGUGAAUGUCACACUUCUGUACAACAACUCCUACACCCUGCAGGCCUGUUUGCAUUCUUGCUUUCAACACAUAAUGGUUAGAAAAUGUGGCUGUGGUUAUUACUACUACCCACUGCCUCCCGGCGCCGAGUACUGUGACUACAACAAGCAUCCGGCAUGGGGUCACUGCUUUUACCAGCUGUACAGCAGGCUCAGGAAUCACCACCUCAACUGCUUCGAUCAGUGUCCCAAGCCGUGUCGGGAGUCGCUGUACAAAGUGUCUGCUGGAACAGCUAAGUGGCCGUCCGUGAAGUCGCAGGACUGGGUCCGCCAAGCUCUAAGGCACCAGAAUGGAUAUAACUCUACCAGCAACAGGAAGGACAUUGCCAAGGUGACCAUCUUCUACCAGCAACUGAACUACAAGUCUGUCAAUGAGUCUCCUUUGCUCUCAGUGAAUUUGCUGCUGUCCAGCAUGGGGAGCCAGUGGAGUCUCUGGUUUGGAUCCUCGGUGCUGUCUGUGGUUGAGAUGUUUGAGCUCCUCAUAGACAUGCUGGUCUUGUCCCUGCUCUUCUGCUACCAAAGGGUCAGGUCAAAGAAGACGUUAAAAGUGGCUCGUGCUGCUGCCAUCCCCAGCGUGAGUCUGACGCUGCAAAACUACCGCGCGAGGCGCGAGGAGGCUGGGAAAGGCCCCGGGGCUGCUCAUGGAGUGACCAUUGCCAUGGACAACAGCAGCGCCCGGCCCCUGCCGCUGCUCCAGAGGGCUGGGAACGCCAGAGCAUUGCCCAGAUGUGGGGCUUGA